AUGCCUGGACUUACCACUUCUCCGGAGUCAAUCUCCGCCCCUCCCUCCUUCAGCGUCAACAGGGCCUCUCGGUCAUCUUCAGCAUCACGACCAGCCCUCACGCUCGAUCUCUCUAAUCUUCCAACAAUGUCUCAACCAGCCAAGCCAACAAACACCCUCAUCAUAACCGAACUCAGCAAUAUCCUCCUCUUCCAACCCGCCUCCCUUGCCACUCUCCGCGCACAACUCGAAUCCAUCGCGCCCCUGAACUCAUUCUCUCCGCUCCCCUCUCUCCGCCGCCUCAUCUGUUCCUUCUACACUGAAGAAGACGCUCUCGGGGUCCGGAAACUCCUCGACGGCCAACUCCUUGAGCACAACGUUCGCCCGAAGGUCUACUUCGGUGAACCCACCCCAAUCCUGGACGAAGAGGAAUCCCGCCGCCCAAAGCUCCUGGAGGCCCCCCAUGCCGACAAGCUCUUUUUCAUCAGCCCGCCACCCAGCCCCCCGCACGGAUGGGUCAUGCGCAACGAGGAACCCCCGAACAAGGAGGUGCACGCCAGCGAUCUUGCCAGCGCCCUGGCCAAGUUGAAGACCGAGCAAUCUAGUGUCCACGAGGUUAUCAACCAGACCUGUGAACCCGGUACCCCGAUGUCCAUGACCUCUGAUAAGCGCACGGGGAGCUGGCCCGUCUCUAUGUCCGGACAGCGCAGCAGAAGCAGCACCCUUAUCUACCACCCUGAGGAGCAUGGCGGAAGUCCCAAUCUGCCUGCUGUUAUGGUCGAGGAUACGACCAUCAUGGUGGAUGACUUGGAAAUGGAUAUGAGCCCCAUUGAGAUGCCGAUACGGAAGGCUCCGCCGAAGACGUCUCGACCUCCUGUUGAAUUGAUGUGUUAA